UUUGUCACUCGUAUCGAGGAAGUGGAAGAUGCGUUGAACGCACGCCCGAUUUCAGUAUCUGACAGAGUAAAUUCUACAUGUUCAAUCACUUAUAACCUCCCUCAGAAGUGAUGGAUUGGUCAGAAGGAGACGGAGGCCACUCCCAUGGUCACAUGGGUGACAGUUGCCAUGGACACGGUGGUGGUCACUCCCACAGCCACGGUCACGGUCAUGGAGGUCCUGGCUUUGGUGGUUUCAUGCCCGGCAGCUUCCAGGGCCCGGGACCUCUUGAUUCCACGCAGCAGCCGAGGAAGAUCUCGCACCCUGAGGACAGCAGUUCCUGGGAUAUAGUCAAAGCAACACAGUUUGGUGCUCUUGAGAGGUGUAAAGAACUUAUAGAGGCUGGUUAUGACGUCAGGCAGCCUGACAAGGAGAAUGUGACGCUGCUCCAUUGGGCUGCCAUCAACAAUCGAGCAGAUAUUGUCAAAUACUACAUAUCUAAAGGUGCUGUCAUAGACCAGCUAGGCGGUGACCUGAAUUCUACACCACUCCACUGGGCCAUACGGCAGGGUCAUUUGUCUAUGGUCAUUCAGCUGAUGCGUUAUGGAGCCGAUCCAUCAUUAGCAGAUGGUGAAGGGUAUCGCAGUCUCCAUCUGGCUGUGCUCUUCCAGCAUAUGCCCAUCGCUGCCUACCUCAUGGCCAAAGGACAGGAAGUGGAUACACCGGACAUAAAUGGACAAACCCCACUGAUGUUGGGGGCACAAAAAAUCAUUGGACCUGAACCCACAAACUUCCUGAUAAAGUGCAACGCUUCAGUGAACGCGGUGGAUAAAGUGAACAGAAACUCACCUCUACACUGUGCUGUACUGGCCGGCAAUGUGGAUGCGGCCCACAUCCUGCUGCAGGCUGGAGCCAGCGUGGACCUGGAGAAUACCAAUGGUCACACUCCCAUUGACCUGGCGCACCAGGUGCACAGCCCUCUGCUCAUUCACACGCUCAGUGCGAUGAAGACGGAACGAAUCAAAGCCAACUCCACGUGUUUUAAACUGCUCAAUAGAUACAAGGUGUGUCUACAGUCUGCGUUCAGUGUUGUUGUGGUCGGAGCCAUCGGUGCCAUAUUAGACAUGAAGAGCGAGUCCUGGUUACUGAAGGGUGUUCUGCUGGCCUGCAUCAUGGCUGUGAUCAACCUCACUUCGAGGCAGUUGGCGACUGUGGCGGUACGGUCUUUGAUUCCCUCGGCCAGUCUCAUGGCUUCUAUCUUCUGGAUGGUGGUCACAUGGGGCUUGUGGUUUCUACCUGAUAUCCCCAGCGCUACAGUCCAGAUGCUCUUCACAGUCAACAUCACAGCCUUACUGUAUUACUACCUCCGCUCCUGCAGGACAGACCCUGGCAUCGUCAAGGCAACCGAGGAGGAGAAGAAGAAGAAUAUUGUGGUUCUGGCAGAAGCGGGUUGUCUGGAUCCCAGGAUAUUUUGUACUUCAUGUAUGAUGAGGAAGCCAAUGAGAGCCAAUCACUGCUUUUACUGUAAUGCCUGUGUUGCUAAACAAGACCACCACUCCAUUUGGAUCAAUGGCUGCAUAGGCGCCAGAAAUCACCCGUUCUUUGUGCUUUUCCUGGUGGCUCUGAACUGCCUCUGCAUGUGGACGUUCUACGGCAGUAUUAAGUACUGGUCGAAACACUGCCCGCUGCACUACACCGAGGAGGGUGUGUGGGGGGCGGUGACCGCUCUCAUGGGCUGCUCUCCCUGGGUGCUUUACAUCUUCUGCUUCGCUUUCUUCCACACCUGCUGGGCCUCCAUCCUGCUGCUGUUACAGCUCUACCAGAUUGCGUUCCUUGGACUGACGACGGUCGAGAGAGCUAACCUGACACACAGGCAGAGAAAACUCCCUCAAGCCUCUUCUCUCAGACAAAACCCAUUCAAUCUUGGAGUGGUGAAGAACCUGGUGAACUUCUUCCAGUGGCGCUGCUGCGGUCUCUGUAAGCCAAUGGUGCUGGACUGGACUCAACAGUAUCCGAUGGGUCUCAGCAGAGACCAUCCCAUGUUCAGCGGUCCCGAUGCUGUUUGACCACCAGAGGCCAGUCACCCACUCAGGGAGAGCGUCGUCCCCAGUUAUGGAGCCAUUGGUUUGAUUUGUAAUGCCUUUUUAAUGAUGAAAAGGAAGAAUAGACUGAAUGCUAAUUUGGAUAAUCUUUUGUUCUAUUUGCAAGAACAUUCACCUUUUAUAUUUGAGCGAAAUAUAUAUGUGAUGUGCAUUCAUGGUAAUGAUGGGAAGAUUUUGCCUUACAGCUUAAGUUCUACAUAAGAAUGUUUAUAAGCAUACUGAUAUAUUUUGAACUGAAAUAUUUUGUAAGGUACGGUAAGAUCAAAUUGUUUUGGGUUUAACUCCCAAGUCCUUUUACAGGAAGUGACCACUAUCCUCUUUGUGAACCGAUUUGUAAAUCAGAGCAAUUUUAUUUCUACAAAACAAAUAAUUACAAAAAAUGCGCCAAAUUACAAAUUCAGUUGCUGAUAUUGAUUAUUGGCUGAAAAUCUGAUUUCUUGUAAUUUUGAGAAACGUAUAUCCCUUGAUGCGUCAAAGUGCAUUUGAAAUGACUUAAUGCUACGAUCAGAUGCACCACCACUCUCCUGAGCUACCGCAGCAUUUAUAGCAUUAUACAUACAAGAUUAAUCAUAUCAUUUAAUAUAUUUCAUUAGUUAUUAGAAUCACGUUGCCCUUUGUACAUUUUCUGAGUAAUCAGUCAUAAUGGUGGCAGUUGAUCUUAUUUUUUAGCCUUUAAUAACCACUGUGUAGUACAGGCUCAUGUCUGAUGGCAUCAUCAUGCUGUUUACUGCAGUUCUCAAUACUAUUCAUUAUACUUUAUCACGCAGUAUGUCAUUAUAAGGGAAAUGUGCUGUUCUUGAAUCCUGCUCUGUGCUUUGGAAUAAAUCACUUUUAUAA